AAGGACAGAAGGUCUACCAUUGUGGGCGGGCUUUAGGACCCCGCAGGUGCGCGGUGUGUGUGUGUGUGUGUGUGUGUUGUCUUCAGUAAUGUGCAGUGCGGAUGCUCAGAGCGCGCGACCCUCCGCCUGACUCCCCCACCCUUGCGCGCGCUCUCACUCCGCCUGUACUCCCUGCGCGCGCGGAGCCUCACAGCAGCAACAGCACCGCAGCGUUGCCCCGCGAGCCCGAGCGCGAGACCCGGCCGCGCCCCCGCUGCUGAUGGCCUCGUCCGCGAGCGGCACGGAGGAGGCGCGCGGCGCGGCGUCCUCAUCGGCGCCCACGCCCCUCAAGCUGGUGGGCCUGGUGUGCGUGCUGCUCGCGCUGUGCCUGGAUGUGGGCGCCGUGCUGAGCCCCGCGUGGGUCACCGCCGACCAGCAGUACUACCUGUCCCUGUGGGAGUCCUGCUGGAGGUCCAGCGGAGAGAACGCGUGGCGGUGCAGCAGCACGCUGAACACGGAUUGGCAGAUCGCCACAUUGGCACUGUUGCACGGAGGAGCCUUCCUCAUCCUCAUCUCCUUCAUGGUGGCCCUGGUGUCCGUGUGCACGUGCAGCAGGAGGCGUUUCUACAGACCCGUCGCUGUCAUGCUGUUCGCCGCAGUUGUCCUGCAGGCCUGUAGCUUGGUCCUGUUCCCCAUCAAGUUCAUCGAGACGAUCAGCUUGCGAAUAUACCACGAGUUCAACUGGGGUUAUGGCUUGGCUUGGGGCGCCACCAUCUUCUCGUUCGGAGGAGCCAUCCUGUACUGCCUGAACCCCAAAAACUACGACGAUUACUACUGACCCUGCCGCACGACUCCUGUUUUCCGUUACCCUCUCCCAUGCCACACUCCCACCAUACUGCUCACGCACCAAACUUUUAUUUGCCUCCUGAGAAACAAACAAACAAAAAAAAAACACCACACAAACUAAGUGCGGAGCACGUCCGAUUUCUGGACCGACCAAUCUCACGUCUUAUGCUGACACCUCAUCCAUUUACGUUCUUUAAAAUUCCUUUUAUUAAAGUGUCACUCUGUUCUUAUCUCUCCAUCACAUUUCAGACAUCACUGAUCCGUCUCUGAUCUUUAAGCGUCGGGUUAUGCGGAGAGCUCCGGAAGCAAUCAUGUGCCGCCGAUCCCUGCGGAGAGCUCCAUCUGGAGUGGGAUUUAGGAUCGGACCUGCUGCAUGCAUACACAUACACAGAUACACACACUCACACUUACUCUCUACUUUCACACAGAUCACACAGAGAGUGUUAGGUUCCUGUAAUGAGAGAGCUCACCAUUGAGCAUAUGCUAACCUUCGUUCAUGCUGGCAAGUGACAGUCGUUAGAAACACUAAAAGCUAUAUAUAUAUAUAUAUAGAAAUGUUUGGAUUUGUCGUGCUACGCUUUAGGACCUAUGCUAACAGAUUGCAUAAACUUGCGAAAAUCUUUACACAUGGCUUUUCACUGCAAUCGUGGCUUGCGCAUGUGUAAAAACUUAACAGCCACAUGCUGCUUUGUGAUUUGCUAGCAUGAACGUAGGACAGCAGGUGCAAAGGUCUGAGUGCAAUUAUAUUUACCCGUUCUGCUAAACUUUUUAUUAUUAUUAUUAUUAUUUUUCGAGCACUGAAACAUCACGACAGUGUCUAAAACAAGAAACGUUAUGUACCUGACUGAGUAGUUUUGUUUAACUUGCUAAGGCAAAAUUGCCCCUUAGCGUUAACUAGCAAGUUUUGCCAUGAGAUUAAAAAAAAAUAUAUGGGAUAAAUAUAUCAAUAUGUUUUUUAAGGAUAUCCUCAAACAAAUACCCCUUUCUGUAAUGAUAUCUAACUAAUUCCUAACAUUUGAUAAAUGGCUAGCUAGCUACAAAUAAACCUUUCUUUAACUAGUUUAGCUGUGAGACAUUUCAGAAUGCUCUUCGCUAACUAGCUAGAUAUCUUCAUAUUAGUAUAUUUUCUGAUGAAUAUAAUUUUCUCUGAUGUUAUAGCUAGCGAGUCAGAUGUGGGAUAUUUCCUAACUUUGGUCAGAUCUUUGUAUGAGUGUAUCCCUUAACAAAAGGGAUUAACCCGGUUAAGUUAGCUAGCUGAUUUUCCUGGGAUAUUUAAUUUUUGUUAACUGGCUAGCUAUGUUUACACUGUACAGUAUAUUCUCAAAGAAACUAGCAAAAUUAGAUUAGAUUUUCUUGGGAAAGUUAAUGUGAGCUAGCUAGCUAUUUCGGGAUGAGUGUUUCUUCUAAUGAAUAUACAUUUGUCUUACGCUAGCUAACAAGUUUGAUGUGGCACAUUUCAGAACAUUUGUUAAAUAGAUAACUGUCUAUUAUAUUAGCAUCGGCUUAAAGUUGUUUUUCCUGUGAAACAUUUUCUAAAUGUUGUUAACUAGUGUAAUGGAAAAAUCACAUUACACUAGCUUUAUUAAUAUUAUAAAAUUCUUAUAGAAACUAAAAUCUUUCCCUAUCUUGCUAAUUUGAUAUAUUCUAUUGAUAGCUAGUAUAUAUAGUAUUUAUAUUAGUAUAUCCUUUAACAAAUGGGAUGGUAUCUGAUGUUAUAUAGCUACCUAGACCUUUUCUGUAAGUUUUUAAAAUUUAUUUUUAUCUUACCUAUCUAACCUUUUACCCCCAUUUUUAUCAUAGCUAGCUAACUUUGCACGGGCAUAUCCUCCAACAGGGGAUUUACUCUAAUGUUAGCUAGCAAGUUUUGCUAUGAGACAAUUUCAAUUUUAGUUAUUAUAGAAUUUUCUCUGAGUAUAGCUAGUUAGCAUGGUUGUGAAAUGUUACCUGCUAACUUGAAAUGUUAAUCAGCUAGCUUUGUGUGGGGAUAUUCUGGAAUGUAUCCAUCAGGUUUAUUUCUUUAAUACUGGUUCUUUUUUUUAUCUUUUAAUUGCUGACUAUUUUUGAAUUUUACCUCAUUAGUUUGUAGGGAAAUCAUUUUGCGUGAAGAUGUUUUCCCACCUGUUAGCGAGUUAGCAUGGCUGUGGGACAUUUGCUGAGGUUUGCCGAGCAGCCGUAACUUCUCGAAGGUUUUAAUCUUUUAAUAAGAAGUCCUCUUAAUAUCUUGCUACUCUGGGAUAUUUUUAUGUUCUGCUAAAAGUAAGGGUACUUGUCUACUUUUAAUUCCUGCCAUCUUUCAACAGCGCUGAUAUUUGCGUUAUCAUCAUUAUAGCCCUAAGUCAGUGCGAACAUGGUUCAAUUGAUAUUCUUAUAAAAAAAGUCCUUAUAGAGAAAUGUAAUUAGACAAGAUUGUGUUCCUUAGCUUUAUUGCACUCAGACAUUUGGACCUGACUGUACAAGGAACUUGAGACGAUUAUGAAAGUGUAUUAUAUUCCGAGAGAAACCUCGAGGUCACCUCGAGCUUGGUAGAGAUUUGUUUAUAUGACAUAUUACAAUGUAUCUUCACUGUAGCUAAAGUCAGGGUUAUACAGUACGAGUAGAAUACGAUUUAUGGCUAGAGCAUGCUAAGUGGAGCAACAUGGGUUAAUUAGCUUUUCUGGAAAUAACUGUGAGGUUCAUUAGUGCACAUGUAAGAAGUGCAUUCACUUUAUGAUAAGUGUGUGUUAUGAAACUAAUAGGGCUAGCGGUGAUUUUAUUCUUAACUUUAUCUUUUCAUUUUUGUCAGAUAUUGCGUAAAACCAAAAAAAAAAAAAAAAAAGGCCAACGCUACAUCUGAUUCUGUUGUCUGCUGUUCAGAUUCAGGCAUUUUAACCUGCCUUCACUAUUUUUACACCGUGACUGUCGGUUCUGAGAUUUUUCGUCUGUGGUCACUGUUCUUCUUUUCUUCCAACUGCAAACCUUUUUCUAAAAGUUAAAUUAUUAUUAUUAAGUAGACAUGUGCCAGUGUCAAAAUGUUCACCUUAUACAUUAUACUUGUUUAACUUUUUAAUUACCAUGCAUGAUAUUAAAAUACAAAAAAAGAGAAAAUACUACAGCAAAUUAUUCCUAAAUCAGCUUAUCAGUAAUAUAAUUUUGACAGGAGAUUUUUUUUUUUUUACAAAAUAAAGGGCCUGCAGGACAGCAGCUGGUUAACCACUACUAUGUUCAAUACUCACUAUUCACUACUCAGUACUCACUACACAAUAGUUAAAACUCAGUAGCCAGUUGUCAAUAUUUGGCUCAUGUCAAAAAAAAAAGUUUAAUUAACAAUAAUCAUUAAAAUGAGAAAAAACUACAAAGAAAUGUUAGCUAUGGGCAAUUUACCACCAUAUUACUCAGCUGAAGCAAGUAAUUCCCAUUACUAAAUUAAUAGAUUUUACCUAAAAACUAUUCUAGACCAUUCCAGAAUAGUUUGUGCGACCAAAAUUUGAAUGAAUUUUUAAUGAAUCUAAUAAAUUUAGUAGAAGCUGAUUGGUAAAAAUGGAGCAAGAUGUUUUCUUAAUGUGUCAUGUUUAAAAUUAGUAAUACUAUAAGUUAGAAACUACUUUUUUAGCCAUAGUUAUUGUUUGGAUUUUCUUUCUGUAAAUCAGGAAUUUCAUGCUUUUUUUUGUAGCGUUCAAUAAGAUACAAUUUGAAGAUAAUCAGAUGGGCAAAAUUAAAUUCACCAAACUAAUUCAGAUUUUACAAUCAGUGCCAGUCGUUUGCAUUUUGAAGACUUCUGAUGUAGUUUGAACCAGAAAUCCAAUUAAAAUUUGUUUCACCAAGA